AUGAGCGAAGUCGCAGGGCAGAAAAGAGCAGCACCCGAUGAGCAUUCGGACAGGAAACAAAAGCGCAAGAAGCAGUGGCGGACACCUGGCCCAAAGCUGAAUGUAAAACGGACCAUUGAGAGCGGUGACUCUGGAAUAUUUGUUACAUGUGACAGGGGUAGAGAAGGCAAGUGUACUGCUGAGAUACUGGAUUUGCUGUCUCAAGAAGUGCCCAAUGCUGCUCCGAAUGAGUCAGAAGAGAAUGAUUCCGCUGCAGCAGGAAGCGAGGACGACAUCGAAGCGCAAAUCCGAAAGGAAGUUGAAUGCAUGAAGCCAACAAAAAAGUCCCGCGCACUCUUCGAGGCUGUGAGGCUGGACAUUCCGUGUGUGCUGUUCAUCAGAAUGGAUAAAACCCUAGAUCCAGUGGACCUCGUCCAUCGAAUAUGCAUGGACGCCCAUGCCAAUCCUGAGAAGAAGCGAAGUCGAUAUGUCAAACGAUUAACGCCAAUCACAUCAAUACGGAAGCUUCGUAGUGGUGGGCUCGAAGAGCUUGCUGGCGAGGUACUGGAGCCACAUUUUCACACCGGUUCUUCGAAGAAGUAUGCGAUUCGACCAAGCGUGCGAAAUAACCACGAAUGGCCAAGAGAUACCGUCAUCCAGCUUGUUGCCCGUGCCGUGGGCCAAGGCCAUACAGUCGACCUGAAAAACUAUGAUGUGCUGAUUCUGGUGGAAGUCAUGCAGUGUGUAGAAAUACUGCGGUGUGCGCUGGGGAGUUUUGUUGGUGACCAGCAUGCACUCGACUCCAGCGCUGCCGUGGGGGUCGGCGUCAGCAUCGAUCCACGAUGA